AUGCGCGUGCAAAGAAAGGUGCAGGUGGAGGGCCAGACGAGCGGUGGGGCUGAGUCAGGCAGCAAGAGGCUCAGACGCCCCAGUAACUGGUGGCAAGACAUAAAUCAAGUCAAGGAGGAGCUCGUGGCUUUCUGCGAGGCGCACAACCUUCCCGUGGAAGUCCUCCCUUCGGAAAGAGAGUUCAGAUCGUAUCCUGGCGGGAUGCACGUGAUACAUGCCAUCAGAAAGCAUGGCGGGUUUGUCAAAUUCGGAGAGUUGGUUGAGAUCCCUGCACGCAGACCGCGUGAGUCGCCUCCGAGAACACAGAGAAGGAAGACGACAGGUAGAGACGAAUACGGCCGUUUCUCGGAAGAGCUUGUUUUCCAGGAGCAUCUCCUCAACUACUCAAAGACAAUCGAGACAUGGAACUGGAAAGUGUUGCCCUCUAACGCAGACCUCAAAGAGAAUGGCAGAAAAGACCUCAUAAACGCCAUUUACAGAUAUGGAGGGCGAAAACACAUCGCGAAGAAAUUCGGUCUUCUUCUCACGACUGAAUUCAAUUAUUUGGUGGAAUUCUAUCACCUCCUCAAGGAGUUGAGAUCGUAUCAAGAAGAGAAACAACAACUCGGAAAGAUGCCUUCAUUCAAGCAGUUGAUUGCUAACGGCAGACAAGACCUUGCACGGAUGAUAUGCAAGCACGGGGGGCAGAAUGUCUUGGCUGCAAGACUUGAUCUACAGUUGGACAGGCCCAGAAAACCAUACCUCGUCUGGGGUCAGUUCAGUAUCGAUUUCGCCAUAGAUCUCAUCGAGAUAGCAGGAGUGAGCAUCAUGGGAACAUCUCUUUUUCUUGCUAAAAUGCAUACACUCCAGCAACACAGUCAAGACAUCGGAAGGACAGAGCGGAUCUUGAUGCCCAACGCAACAACAUUACAGUCGAUUCAUCGAGCUGAUCUAAUUGAGAAGGCGAGCAUUGCGCUUGAGGCGUCUUUCUGUGACACGCCUCUCCAGAUCGAAAUGUACGGAGGCUUUGUAGACGUUGCAAGGCGAAUCGGAUUGGAUCCAGAUUAG